AUGCUGUUUAUGCACUAUUGUAUCUGGGAAGCAUUAAAAUCAGCCAAAGGUAAAUUUUAAACAUUUUAGUGAAUUUUAAAUUAAGCUAUUAAUUGAAAUUAAAUUUGUCUCAAAUGUUCAUGGGAAACUGUAAUGAUGAGAUGUGGUGGUUUUGUGAAUUAGCUUGAGUUCAUAUUUUGUACCAAAGUACUUGUUUCUUUUCUAUUUCCAGGCAAAACCCAUAAGCAUCAGACCCUCUUUCGUUUUUAUUUCCAUGGUUGUGGGUGGAAGGCUAAAGAUGUCUUUUGGGACCAUGGUGAAAUCCUUUGGUUGAAGGUCAUGGAUCAACUUAUGACCAUGAUGUCUGGUACUGGUUCCCUGUCUUAUGAGUAAUGACAAGAAGAGAAACUGCCAUGUACAGGAUGAGGAUUUGCCUCAAUUUGUUUAUGACAUGGAGGAGUGGGUCUCAACUGACAGCGACAUGAUCAGUGAAAAUGAAACAGUAAAAGGUGAUAUUUCUUGCCCUAUGCAACUCUAG